CGACUUCAUGCAUUUCACCUUCUCCAUACACUCACACAAUGGUGCUUGUGUACCCAAUCUAUUUUGACAAAAAGCGUUCGAAGGAAUUUCGACGAGUUUCAAAAAAAGAAGCUAUUGAAAAUCCAUUAGCGAAGAACAUUGCAGACGUCGUUCGUGAUUUGGGCUAUAAAUGUAAACUUGAACCUCUCAAAACUCACCCAGCCGAUUGGGCUAAUCCAGGCCGUGUAGAAUUAAUUUUGCCUGAAAAGAUAUCAAAACAUUAUUUGUUCAAACAAAUUGCUAAAGUCUUGCAACAUCGUCCCACUAAACCAGAAGAUCCGCUUUCCCUACCCAUACAAAAUGUUCCUGCUAGGCUUCCUGAACGUCCACCUACUUACCCCAAAGGUGUAGCUGGAAAUACCAUUGUACCUUUGCAUUCUCCAGCACUUUCUGGAGGUGGUGUCUCCGAAAAUAUGUUCCAAGAUAUGAUGCAGGAGAUGCAAGGUCAACCAGAAAUGGCAAACGGCAUGAAUCCUUUGAACGCCCUUGCUGGUAUGGGUAUGCCUCCUGCUCCAAAGCAAAAUCCUAGCCCUUCGAGGCCAAACACUGCCAGAAUAGAACAAGAAUAUGACCUGGACUUGGAAUGAAAAAUUCGCUAUGCAUGAUGUUUUGUCUUUUAAAGCUACAACGUUCGCUUGUGCCAAAUUUGGUAUUAAUAUGAAGCAAAUGAGCAUGUUUCAUUUACAAUAAAUUUAGACUAUGGACAAUUAUUUUUCAGCCAAUUAUGAGAAAUGUACCUUCUAUAUUCUUUUCACCACGUUUUUUAAUAAUAAAACAAGAGGUGGUUGCUUAUUUUUGGUUUUCUAGUUUCUUUCCCAGUUCAAGCAUCCCAGCCAUAUUCGUGCAAUAUCUGCUGAAAUAUUCAAAUUAUUAAAACAACGAAGAUAAAGUUUGUUCCAACAAAUAUCUCUUUCUUGAAUUUUACAUCCAUAUACGUUAACGCUUCAGCUGGAAUCCUUUUCUGAAAACCAAUCGGGAUCUUCCCGUUCUGAAAAAGUUAUAAAUCGCUUCAAAGCUUGUAAACACUGUGGUGGUUAAUCUAGUAGUUCUUCCUUAUGAAACAUAGGAAUAUUUCAUCCAUUGUAUUAACGUAAUCAC